AUGCGCUGUGGGCGGCGGAGGAAGUGGAAGAGGUGGAGCUGGAGCCGGAGCGGCUGCGAAAAGCCAGAACACUGGAGGCCAUAGUGAAUGCCCUCGCCAUGUCUGGCGACACGGAGGAAGUGACGCGCCUCCGUAAGCCCAGAUUUUCUUAUGAAGAGAACCAGAUUCUUAUCAGAGAAGUGCGAGCCCAUUAUUCUAUGCUGUAUGGUGCGCAGAGCCGGCGCCUCAGUGUGGCAGAGAGACGCCGCGUGUGGGAGGGCAUCGCUGCAAAGAUCAAUGCCAUCACCAACUGGAAGCGAACGGCCCAGGAAGUGCAGAAGCGCUGGAAUGACUUUAAGAGGCGGACCAAGGAGAAGCUGGCUCGCAUCCCUCAUUCCACGCAGAAUGGGACAGCAGAGGAUGUUCUCACAGCAGAGGAGGAAACCAUCUUUGCCAUCCUGGGGCCUGGGGUAGUGCCUGGGAGGGAGUCCUAUGUCCAUGGGACACAGCUGGGAGCUAUGGGUGAGCAUUAGAUUGCAGAUACUCCUAGUUCUCCACUCCGAGGAUUUCAGGUGACCGGUCUUCCAGCUGCUGUAGUUAUAGAGUCUCAGGUCAGUGACGUUAUCAUAG